GCAAGACCGUAGACGAGUGCUAUCAAUGCGACAAUUGACUUUGACAUUAAAAAAUAUUUGGAACGCCGGUCCGAACAUUCGUAUUAUUCGCAAUAGUCGUACAAUAAUUUAAAGAAAAUGACGACUCCUAAAUCUGAGAAAGACUUGCAUUUACCACUAUCCAGAGUGAAAACUAUAAUGAAAAGUUCACCGGACGUCGAAGCAGUAGGUGCUGAACCGUUGUAUUUAGUUACGAAAGUUACCGAGUUAUUUGUAACAGAUCUAGCGAAACGGGCUUUCAAAAACAGUAAAAAUACUUUCUUAGAAUAUAAGCACAUAGCCGAGGUUGUGCAGGAAGAUGAUACAUUAGACUUUCUACGUGAAAUUAUGCCCAGGAAGAUAACUGUGAGGCAGUUUAAAGAAAUUAUGGCUAAAAAGGCGACAAAGAAUGGGAACUCUGAUGAUUCUAGCGAGGAAUCAAGUGAAGAAGAAAGUACUGAAGAAAGCUCUAGUAACAAUGAACAAGACUGACAUAGUGUAGGAUAAUUGAUUUAAGUAUUAUUAGCAUAAUAUUACAACUGAUGACUCCACAAAGAAAAUAAUUUUGUCUGUGUAGACUGUGACUUUAUUAAUAUGCUCUAAUUAACACAGACACACAAUACAAGAAUUAAAAAUGGUUGACUGUAUUACUACACUGAAUUCUGUUCUGGAUGAUGCUGGCAUCUAUCCUGUAAUGGGUAGUAGAAUAAAAUGAAAUUGAUCUGACAUACAAAAUUAUGCUUUAAACUGUCAAACACCGCUAGGGCACCGGUGACCGCAACCUAUUCUUUAAUUGUGUCUAUAAUGACGGUACUCAACGAGUUAAUAUGUUCAAACUGAACAAAAUUCACACUGAUGACACUGAAAUAAAAUAUAGAUAAAUGUGUGAUAAUUUUAUUACUGGUAUGAAUAGACUUUUCAGAAAUGAAAUAAAUGACAUACAUUGAGACUUUGAUAAUAUACGAGUUUGAAAACAUGAAAAAUAUAUUAAUAUAAACCUAUUAUUUAUUGUAUAAGUUCAUCAUUUCAAGUAAAUAUGCUUACAAUUGAAUACACAUGAUGUUUGAAAUGAAAUGUUUUUGCUAAAUUUUGAGUUAAAGUCGUAGUGUGCAAAUAAUAACUGUCUGGUGUCUAUAUAAUACUAUGGUAAAUGUUAUUGUGGUUAAAGGACAUGGCAUGUUAGCCGAAGUCGGCUCUAAAUGUUAUUUUGAUAAAUGAAUAUUGUUGUAAAAUGUGUUGAAUAAAUUUAGUACUUGAG